AUGGGCACUGAUAGGCAGCACUGAUGGGCACUAAUGAAGCGGCACUGAUAGGUAGCACUGAUGGGCAAUAAGUGAAUAGCUGGUUGCAGGGGUGGACUGAAAACUUAUGGGGUCCCCGGGCAAUAGGGGAUCAUGGGGCCCUGUGUACUUGCCCAAACUCAAAAAAGCCUAUGAAAAAGGUACCAGGGGCAUCUCAUGGGGCCCCCUACUGACCCCGGGCCCUCGGGCAGUGCCUGAGUUUCCAAAUGGUCACUCCACUCCU